AUGUUGGCUGAGAUGGUUGCACUCCAGAUUCGUGUGCAGGAGCUUGAAGAACGUAUCGCACAAGAGACUACCUUUCCUCUGCAGGCCGGCAAUGACGACAGCGAAAGUGUUCGAACGACCUUCGUUUAUGAAACCACUCGAGACGAAAUCGAGACGACCAAACCUUCCGAUAUUCAAGAAACAAAAGACAUGGUAAAACAUCUCGAAGGCGUCUCCAUGAGUCAGAGCUCUUUCGAACUGUCUACCACAAACCAUGUUACCUUCAAGAUCGGUCGGAUCCGCACAAUACCACCAAAACUGACUUACACAACGCAACUUGUUAGACUAACACUAGAUAUAUGGCUCCCACUAAGGGAAGAAGCCACCAUACUCCUCGACAUCUACAUCACCGAGCUCAACUACAUUCAACACGUAACGCACACCCCCUCUCUACCAGCCGUCCUGGACGAAAUUUACCGUCCGCUCGAAAGCGGUGAGCCUGUUCAUCCCAGCAAAGUCGUUCUACUGCUAAGUAUCAUCGCUCAUACAACGCAUGUAUGGAGUAUGCCGGACGGACUGAACAGAGAACGUCCCCUAUUCUUGUCCUCGACCCAAGCCCGCUCUCAGACAUCCACUUGGAUCAAGGCCACAUAUACUGUGCUUGAUACUUUGCAAGAGGGGCCCUCACUAGCUCUGGAGGCUAUACAAGGCAUCAUAAUCUUGUCAUACGUCUUAUGCAACAUAGAAGGUGUAUCGCUACGAUACCGCUCCUUGAUAACAACUGGCUUAUUGCUAUGUCGGGAAAUGGGUCUUCACCGGAUCGACCACGAAUCCAAUGCCGAUGCGGCCCAGACGCUCAAAGCAGAGGUUGGCCGUCGUGUGUGGUGGUACCUGACUGCAACGGAUUGGCUCCUCGCAGCGCGCUACGGCGGACCCAGCGGCGGAAUCUACCAAACCAACCCUCUCCACUUCCACGUAAACAAACCCCUAAACAUCAACGACAUCGACCUCCUCCCCACCGGCCCCCAACCCUCCCUCCCCCUCUCCCACCAAACAGACAUGUCCUACUUCCUCCAACGCAUCCGUCUCGCAGAAAUCUCCCGCACCCUCGUCGACCAACUCACCUCGGACCCUUUCCAACGCUCCGCCCACCUCAUGGCCAUGGACCGCCAACUCGUACAACUAAUGCACGAAACACCCGCUUUCUUCCUACUAGACUACUACGACAGUAAAUUCUCAUCGGAAAAGCCAAACCACGUCUUCAUCCAAGCCUACUUCCUCAACACGCUCAUCCACACUCAGCGCUUCGCGGCACCUGUUUGCGAGACGGCCGCAACGGCCUCCGGCGGGGCUGUAUAG